AGGAGUCAGUCUUCCUGUUUUGGAGUGGGCACUGCUAGCUCAGAGUGGUGUGGGGGGCACGUGGUAGCGUGUUGGCAUCUUCUGGGUCCUGCUUGAAGAAAGGGAGCAUCUGGCCCAUCAGCCUUGCUGAGUCUGGCAGAGUUGUGUGGGGAGCAUGGCACACGCCGCUCACUUAGAGCCAGGCAGCAACCAGAGGGGUGGAGUCUGCUGCUAGGAAUCUCUGGGCUGCUCUGGCAGUGCCCAGCACACGUCCUCUUGUUGCUACCUAUGCCUUUUGUGCUUUAUACGGGCAGGAGGCUGCAGGGAAGAGCCCAAACCAGGGUGGGCAAAGGAGUCUCUCCUCCCUCCUUUGCCUUUCCCUAGAUGAAAAGAGGGAGGAAAGUGGGAGGGGCCCAUCCCAAGGUAUAAACAGCCCAGCUGGGCUGGCUGAAGCUUUUUGGAGAAAGGUUAUGCUGGUGGCUGAUUGGCUGGCUAUCCUCUGCUUUGGCUACAGGAGUGAGGAAGAAUGAAGUGGGAAGGCUUCUACGCCCUUGUUAUUGGCGUGAACCGUCACUCCACUGCCAUUGGCCGCAUCUGGCUCUCCGUGGUGUUCAUCUUCCGCAUCAUGGUGCUGGUAGUGGCUGCCGAGAGCGUCUGGGGAGACGAGCAGUCAUCCUUCACCUGCAACACACAACAGCCCGGCUGCAAGAAUGUCUGCUACGACUACUACUUCCCCAUCUCCCACAUCCGCCUGUGGGCCCUCCAGCUCAUCCUGGUGACGACGCCAGCCUUGCUCGUGGCCAUGCACGUGGCUUACCAGCAGCACCAGGAGAAAAAGCUCUUGGUGAUGACAGGCCACGGGGACACCAAGCACUUGGAGGAGGUCAAAAAGCACAAGAUGCGCAUCUCGGGGUCGCUGUGGUGGACAUAUGUCUGCAGCGUGAUCUUCCGCAUCAUCUUUGAGGCCACCUUCAUGUACAUCUUCUACAUGAUCUACCCCGGCUACCAGAUGAUCCGCCUGGUCAAGUGCGACGUUUACCCCUGCCCCAACACGGUCGACUGCUUCAUCUCGCGGCCCACCGAGAAGACCAUUUUCACUGUCUUCAUGCUGGCCACCUCAGGCAUCUGCAUCAUUCUGAACAUGGCAGAAGUGGUCUUCCUGCUGGUGAGGGCCUGCGCCCGCCGUGUUAACGAAAGCCACAACCCCUCUUCGGGAAAGAGUUCCUUCCUGAGCCACAAGCUCUCCGAGUACAAACAGAAUGAAAUCAACCAGCUGCUGACGGAGCAGGACAGCUCCCUCAAAGACAUUCUCCGGCGGAACUCAGGGGUACAAGAGAAGAGCGACCGCUGCUCAGCAUGCUAAGGAUCUCAGAGCCGGAAUGGGGUGGGUGGGUGUUACUUGGUUAUAGCACGCCAGGCCUGAUAGCAGAGCACAGGGAGGGAACUCUUCUAUGGGCUUGAGCCUGCGGGGCCUGCCCUGCUGAGUGAGCUCCCCAACACUGCCUCAAGCCCUUCUGCUGGGCUUCUCUCAAGAUUCCCCUUCAGCCACACGCCCCCUUCGCCCUGCCUUUUUCUGUCGUCUCCCUACUGCUAGCCCACAACGCACAGGCUCUGUGAUCAUUGGUACAAAUGCACAGAAUUUGCCCACUGCAGGAUUUCUGUUGAAUAUGCCUCUGGUGGUGAUUAACUAAGCCCCAGCAGCCAGUGCUGUUAGGGGAGACGUGGCAGGCACUAGGACUCCCCUUGUGGUCACCACCCUGGCAGUCCCUUUGGGUCAAAGAAACCUGGACUGCAGAAUUUGGGGGCCUUUAUCUGCCUGGCUGGGGCCCUCUUCCCUAUGCCCUCCAAGGUCAUUAUCUCCCUUACUUUCUCCAAGGAAAGCAAGACAGGCAGGCAGGGAGGAAAACCCAAAAUGUUAAGCCCAAAGAUUUUAUUCUUAGUGUGCUUUCUACAUCCUGGAUGCAAACAUGAAUCCAUACGGCGUAGUUCAGGGGCAUUUGUGGUGCAGAAUUCGUCUUCAGGCACUGCAAGAACUCAUACUCUGUCUCAUCAAGGGUUUUUAAUUUCCCCAGCUGUUCCUUAGCCUACCAUAUUAUUCUUGUUUCUUCCUAGUCCUCAUAUCCCCCCCCCCCGGGUCUGCCUCAUGCUUUGGAGGGAAAGGUUUGUAUCACCAUGGUGGUGCUGCUGCUCAUGGUGGGGAAAUGGUGCCUUUAAGAAGCACAAUGUUGAAAAGGUCAACUGAUGCAGCUUUCACUGUUACUGCCAGAUCUUGCUCGCUAGGCAGAGGUCAAAGGAUGGACAGCCUUCCCAAGGAACAACUUUGCAAUCCCUCCCACAUCUCUACAAAAUUGCUGCUCCUUUUAGCCAGGGGACAAAGAGGGUUUUUUGGGAGUGGGUGGGGAGCUGUUCCUAGGCUGCUAGUAUCGCCCCCAGCUACAUCUCACUGUACCAAAGCAGUCACAGUAUUAAAGCUGGUUUCACAGUU